CGAUAUUUCGACAUGGCGCUAGCGCCGUUGCGACACAGUAGCGUGACAAGUCAUGUCAUUUUUGCCCAUGAUAUAUGAAAAAAUCCAAUGGCAGAUUCUUUUUUCGGGUUCGAUACUUCGUCGUCGAACUUAAACGAUGAUGAUUGUGCAGAGCCGUCGGAGGAAGAGUAUGACGCUCUCAAUAAUGAGACAUUCGGACAGGACUCGGACGACUUCGACUGGGAGGUGGAACAUGAGCACCUGGCGGAGCAGCUCGAGAGCAGCCGCCGGCAGAAUGCGAUGGACGAGGCUGACUCUAGGCUUGAGGCAUCGUUGUCCCAGUUAGUACUCGACGAGAACGAGCCGCAGCCGCGCGCGUCGCUGAGUUCCAAUGUUUGGAGGCACGAUUUCUUUCCACCACCACCAGCUCCAGUUCCACAACUCAAAAAUGUGUGCACUGUGGAAGAACUCGAAAGGCAGCUGCGGCAGAACCAACCGCCGCAGAAUUACAACCAGUCUUAUUUCCAGCCUAGAUUUCCAGUCAUCCUACAGAGGCCACCAGGUCUCCAGGCGCCCGUUUCACUACCAUUUGCGCCGCAACAACAAAUGGCGCAUAACAUGAACCAAAUGAACCAACCGGUCAACAAGAUUAUAGGUCAAAAUCAAAUGGUCCAGAACCAUUUGCAGCAGAAUAUGGGACAGAUGAAUCAGAACAUGAAUCAAAUGGCACAAAUGAAUCAGUACAUGCAGAAUAAUCAAAUGAAUCAGUUUCAAAACAAUCAAAUGGGACAAGGCAUGAUGCAGAUGAAUCAGAUGGGUCAGAACAUGCAUCAAAUGAAUCAGAACCAGUUAUUUCAGAACCAACUGAAUCAAAAUCAAUUGCCGCAGAAUCAGAUGGGACAAAAUGUGAACCAGAUGGGUCAGAAUAUGAAUCAGAUGGGUCAAAACAUGAACCAGAUGGGUCAAAAUAUGAACCAGAUGGGGCAAAGUGUGAAUCAGAUGAGUCAGAACGUGAAUCAAAUGGCACAGAACGUGAACCAAAUGGGUCAGAAUGUGAACCCCAUCGGUCAAAAUGUGAACCAGAUGAAUCAAAAUAUGAAUCAGAUGGGUCAAAAUAUGAACCCGAUGGGACAAACCGGGAACCAGAUGGGUCAAAAUAUGAAUCAGAUGGGUCAGAAUGUGAACCAAAUCAUGCCCAAUGGGAAUUUUGCACAAAAUCAGUAUCAGCAUAUGGGAAUGGGGCAGCCGAGAAUGAUGGCACCCCCACCUGGUAUGGGAAUGCCGAGACAAAACUUCAAUCAGGGUGUAAACCAGUAUAACCCGAAUUUUCGUCCAACAAUCCCAACGAAGAAUGAACCGAUCAACGCGCCAAUGAACCACGCGAAGAACCAACCGACGAACCAAGUGAAAACCAGCCAGCCCAACCCGACCACGUCACCGGUGAAGAAGAGAACGGAGCCGAAGAUAAAGAGCCGGGUGUACAGCAACUCGCAGAGCAAACCGCUUACAUCGCAGAAUCUGGUCCAGAUGAUACAGAACACGCAUCCAAUGCUGGUGUACAAUAGCUACUACAACGCCAGCCACCAUCCAAUGCUGGCGAGGAACUUCAAUAAUCAGAUAGUUCAUCCGAUGCUCAGCGGGCAGCGGAACGGUGGGUUCGGGAACGCUGUGAGUCGAAACUCCAACGACGACAGCAGCACGGCGAGCGAGUCGGACGAUUACGCCGGUCUGAUGACGCAGCGCGAGAAACAGUGGCUGAUCAAUAUACAGAUGUUGCAACUGAACACCGGAACACCCUAUAUACACGACUUCUAUUAUACCGUGUUUCUGGAGAGGCAAGCUAACAAGGAGAAGGCCGGAAUCAAGGAGGCGCAUAAAGCGAAUCAACAGAACCAUCCCUUCUAUAGUGGUGGCGUGAAACAGGAGGACAGACACGCGCGCGAGCGCCACAACUCGCACCGGCACAACUCCACCAGCGAGGAUCCACCGCGGACGUACGUGCCGACGCAGUUUGAGAACUCGUUGGGGAAAUUGCAGUGCGGCAGUGUGACGGCGCCUCGCAAGAUCAUCGACGUGGAGGUGGUCGGUUCGGAGCCGCCGGCCUCCAGGCUCUCGCGGGCGCCAAGUGUUGCCAGCACCACUCACCCGGCUGAGGUGCCGCGUGAAAUGCGAAGGACGAAACAGCUCUUGCUGGACAUCGAAGCCCUGUACCUCAUUCUGCUGAGAUUGGAGGAACUCAAUGAUCCACUGGCUAUAUCCAAUGCGCUUAUACUUAAGGAAAGAGAAGAAAAGCAGAAGCAGCUAGAAGCGGCGCAGAAGGAGGCCGAGAGCCAAGAGGAUGAAUCGAAUGUGUUCCUGAAGAACAUAGAGUCGGUGCAGAGGAGGCCCAAGCAGGACAGCCCCAAAAGUGACUGCGUCGAUAAGAGACAGGUGGUGAAUCUAGCGAUAAACCAGAAACCGGUGCCGGUGAAGAACCUUCUCGACGAGGAUAAGGAUGACCUGGUGAAUAAGAUGUUCGCCGGCCUGCUCUACGGAGAUAGACUGCCGCAGAUGCUGUCUGUUAGAAAGGGACGGGCGCUGGUGUGCCGGUUCCUGCGGCGCGCGGCGCACGCGCACCCGCACGCGCGCGCGCUGUGGGCGCGGCUGCUGCGCGCGCUGGCCGCCGCGCGCCGCGACCUCGCGCUGCACGCGCUCGCGCCGCACUACCGGAAAUACAUACAGAACAGUACAGGUUGGACGGCUGUGCUGGAGUCCUGUAGUAUACUCAGCGAAGCCCUAGAUCCUGCUAGGACUCCGUACGCUUUAACUAAUGGGCUGACGCUGAGCUGCGUGUGCGCACUGGCCGAGAAGGCGAUGGUCCUGUCCAACACGCCGGAAGCGACGUCCAGCGAGCGGCAGUGGUUCAAAUUCCUGAAAACCGUCGCGCGAUCGCUGAAGAACACGUCACUGAACGUCGCGCGGCCCGCGGCGCCGCUCCCGGAGGCGAAGCUGCUGCACCACAUCAGGCAGCUGGAGUCCCGCAGCACCAUAGAGAUCCUGCAGAGGGGCAAGCGCGCCUCCGACAUCGCCGACUUGGCGAAGGGCGAGCUUGCCGACCUGUUGGUCAAGUACUUGUGUUGAUUCGAGUGACGGCCGUGUUGGUUGUGUUGGUUGUGUUGGUGAUGCGGAUGCUAGUGUUGGUUACGAGGAUGCUAGUGUUGGUCGCGAGGAUGCUAGUGUUGGUCGCGAGGAUGCUUACGUUGGUCGUGUUGGUUUGUAUAAUGUGCGCUUUGAUGAUGAAAUAUUCACUCGGGAUGUGUAUAGGUUUUAUAGAUUAGUGAAAUUAAACGAUAAUUUGUUAUAAAUAAGUAUAAAAUUGCGUACAAUUAUCGAAUAGGUACGUGAAGAUUUGUAAAUAGACGGAAACGCUAUUUCGUAUUGUAUUUAUUUGGUUUUAAUCGCUUAAAAUUUAUCUUAAUUCACGAAAAAUAUGAGAACGUGCAUUUUAUUUAUUUAACUUAAUUUUUAGCUAUAAUUAAAUAGCACAUUAACGAAUUUCCUAUCACCGAAUUGCUUCCAAACGUUCGUCCAACACUGGCCAACGUGGCCAAUCGCGAACGACACUCGGUUCAAUGCGCCAACCAUUUGGCCAAUGUCCGGACUAAGUUCCACAGACAACACAAUAUUAUAUAAUGUAUGAUAUAUGUAGAUAAUAUAUAUUUUAGAUAUAUAUAACAAUUAAUUGUAAUUACUGCAUUGUACAUAACGGUUGAAACACAAAUAAUAUUAAAAGGAAAUGCAAUUAUUUUUUUCUGUCUCGUCUAAUUUAUAAGCUAUUUAUCGUUGUAUUAGUAAAUUAAACGCC